UCAGAAAUAAAUUCAAGUCGUUGAAAGAAAAUACUCAUUGUUCCAUAUUACUACACGAAGUCGCUACAGAACAGAUUGCAGAAUGCCGUUCAAGAAGGGUGUCUGUCAGCUGCUUGCCUUGAACAAGUUUAGUAUCCAGCAGUGGAUGAAAACAUUCGAUGCCAUGAUCUUUGAUGCGGACGGCGUCCUCUGGAGGUUCGACAAUCCGGUGGAUGGAGCUCCGGAGACAUUCAACGCCUUGCGGGCAAUGGGGAAGCGGGCAUUCAUCUGUACCAACCACUCGGCUUGGUCUCGGCAACAACUGUUCGACAAGGCCGAGAGACUGGGAAUUAUCGUAGAAAAGAAUGAGAUUAUUUCGUCAGCUUGGGCAUUGGCCCACUACCUAAAGGAGCGUGGAUUUAAGAGAAAGGUGUACAUCAUCGGGGGUCAGGGCAUCGUUGAUGAGUUGAAAGAUGUGGGCAUUGAAUCUAUACCAAUCAGGGAACGCCCCUUGGUGGGAGCUUCUCUGCGGGAUCAAGUGUUAAACAUGCCCAUGGAUCCAGAUGUGGGUGCUGUAGCUGUGGGCAUUGAUCAAUAUUUCGAUGUGGUGAAGCUGACGAAAGCAUGCUGCUAUUUGCGUAACCCAAAAGUAAUCUUCCUGGCCACCAACCAAGAUCGAGCGCUUGCCGUCAACUCGGACCUCUUUAUUCCUGGCGCUGGCAGCAUGGUCUCAGCCGUCCAGGCAAUAGCCAAUCGUCCGCCCUUUACCUGCGGUAAGCCCAAUGCCCUCAUGUGUUUGCAUCUGAUGCGGGAGGGCAUUAUCAAGCCGGAGCGCACCCUCAUGGUGGGCGACACCUUAUACACCGAUAUUCUGUUCGGCUAUAAUUGCGGCUUUCAAACUCUGCUGGUGGGCUCUGGGAACACGACCCUUGACGAUGUGUCGAAAGCGCAGAAGUCCAAGGAUCCAAUGAUGUACCGUCAGAUUCCCGAUCUUUUCCUACCUAGUAUUUCCGACUUAUUAAAGUUUUUGCCUUCUAAAAAUCGUUGACUUCAACAAAAAUACGAGAAAUCAGUGCACCGUUAAUAAACUGACAGCUGAUAAACUCUA